CUAGCAACUAUCUCUUAACUAACUUUAAGAGACUGUCUUUACAUUUAGUAUACAAAAAAGGAAUGGAUUAAAUUUUUCACUUCAUUUUUUCAUCACCAUUCCAUUCUGCAAAAUGAAGGCGAACUACAUGCCAUGUCAAAAUUUAAAGGAGUUAAAUCCUUCCAAGUUCAUGAGAAAGUUGCAUAUUCAUUCACAUGAUCAUCGUUAUGCUCACCCAUUUUGUCAGCUAGGUCACCGCCAGUUUCUGAUUUCUUUAUUGCGCUCACCAAUCUCUUGCUUUUGUAGCGAACACCUGCCAAAGGCAUGGAUCUUUUCUACAUCAUCCAAAAGGCCUUUAUAUGCAAACACUUGCCUCCUGAACCUCUUCAAUUCACAGCUUCCAGAGUUCAGUGCAAGUAGUUCAUUUUUAUUUUUUGAAUGUUGAACCACAAAUUGAUGAUGAGUACUCCGGCUGUCAUUUUUGUGACGUUGGUUGCCCUUUUGGCGCUGGCACAUUCAAGCUCAUUGGAGCACAAAAAUGGCAAAAAUUAUGUCCGGGAAGCAUGCAGCGUCACUCGAUACCGAGACAUCUGCAUCCACUCAUUGUCAUCAUAUUCGAGCACAGCUAGGAGAAACUCUAGCAGGUGGGCACGUGCUGGGGUUUCAGUGACGUUGCGUGAGGCUAAUAGCAUAGCUCAGUACUUGAUGACAUCGAGGCAGCAUAGGUCCAUGAGAGGAAGGAGCCAAGUUGCCCUUCAGGACUGCAUUGAGUGCUUCCAGGACGCAAUAGACAAUCUUCACAAGUCACUGGGCAUACUAAGAAGCCUAAACAGAAGGGCAUUUGAAAGGGAAAUAGAUGACCUGAAAACAUGGACAAGUGCUGCACUGACUGAUGUGGACACUUGCUUGGAUGGCUUUGCUGGCCAAAACAGAAAUCAAGUCAAACUGCUUCGAAACCGGGUUUUACGAGCCACUUACAUUACCAGCAAUGCACUUGCUCUUAUUGCCCGACUUGCAGCCACGGGAUGAUAUGUAGCAAGGUGUGAUCGAGAUGCCCAUCUGGGCCUCCACGAACGUUGCAGCUUGCUUCUGCCUUAUUUAAAAUGGUUUUGAAUAAACUUGGCUUCACCGUUAAGCAGCCAGUAAGGGGAUCUUUUUUCUUUUGAUUGUAACCAAGUGCUGUUAUCUCUAUGAGUUGGCGUCCCAAUAACAUUUCCCUCUCUGGGUGUGUUGACAUCAACAAUGCUCUUCCCAGGGACUAAGAACAUAUAUGGCGAAUUUGAGCAAUUCCACCUAUAUAUCUAAAUUCUACUUUUA